ACAAAAUUAUGGUAUAUAAAUGCUAAGUUAAUUGUGUUCAAUUUAAAAAUUUUACUAAAGUAUCAACAAUGUGGAUCAUUUUAAACUUACUUGUGUUAUUUAUUGCUGCUGUUAAUUCAGCACCCUUAAAUGAUACAAAUGCACCACCAUAUAACGUAAUGUGUUAUUAUGGCGUAUGGGCAUGGUACAGGGAUAACCAUGGUGGUCGUGGCAAGUUUUGGCCGGAAUUGUCAAACCCAAUGCUCUGCACGCAUAUGAUGUAUGGGUUCGCAAAACUUGGUGAUGACAGCCUGGAAAUGGAGGUCAUGGACAAGGAUCUGGAUUUGGGUGAUACAGAAUAUACUAGUGGAGAGCCAUGGGGUUUAGGUAUGUUCCGUCGUGUGAAACACUUGCGUGAUGUCAACCCCAAUAUGAAAGCCAUUAUAUCUAUCGGGGGUUGGAAUGAGGGCUCAGACAAGUACUCAAAGAUGGCCAGUAGUCCGGACUCACGGAAAAAGUUUGUCGACUCAGCCCUUAAAUUUUUGCAAACAUAUAAUUUCGAUGGACUCGAUGUGGACUGGGAGUACCCGGGCUUUAAGGCCGUCAAAGAUGCCGACCGAACCCCCGGUAAUCCUAAGGAUAAGGACAACUUUAUCGCACUGUUACGUGAGCUCCGGGAUGCCCUCAAACCGCAUAACUAUUUACUGUCAGCGGCUGUAAGUGCGGGCAAAAAGACGAUUGACGUCUCGUAUGACGUGAAACAGUUGAAUGAGUUGUUGGACUUCAUUAACGUAAUGGCCUAUGAUUUUCAUGGAGGUGCCUGGGAUAAUAAGACCGGACAUAACGCUCCCCUAUAUCCCGAUCCUAAAGCCUCUGAGGAGGACAAGCAGUUGACGGUGUCGUAUGGUAUGGAGUAUUGGAUUAAAUUAGGGGCCAGUCCUAAAAAAUUGAUGAUGGGAAUGGCAACAUACGGCCGAACAUUUACCUUGAUAAAUCCUGCUCAACAUGGCAUCGGUGCGCCGGCAGAUAUUGGCUGGAAAGGCGGUAAAGAGGGACCAUAUACUGGAAUCGCGGGAAUGUUAGGUUACAAUGAGAUUUGCGAGUUUUUGAGCGCCGGGUGGACAGCCUAUCGAGACGACACCCAGAAAGUGGUGUACGCCGUGAGUGAUAAACAAUGGGUGGGUUAUGACGACGAGAUGUCCCUUAAGGAUAAGCUGUCGUACCUGAAGGGCAAAGGACUGGGAGGUGCUAUCGUGUGGUCCAUCGAUACGGACGACUUUCACGGCAAUUGCGGCGGACGUAAGCACCCAUUGAUUAAGACUAUUAGCCAAGAGCUCAAUGAGACAAAUGGGACGCCAUAUAACGUGGUGUGCUAUUGGGGCUCAUGGUCGUGGUAUAGAGAUAGUGGUGGAGCCAAAGGAAAGUUCGCACCCGAGAUGUCAAACCCCCUGUUGUGUACACACAUGAUGUACGGGUUCGCCAAACUCGGCGCCGGCGGUGAGAUAGAGGUCAUGGAAAAGGAUCUGGAUUUAGGCGACACUGACUACAAAAGUGGUCUACCCUGGGGAGAGGGUAUGUACCGGCGUAUUGAGCACUUGCGUGAUGUCAACCAUAAUAUGAAAGCCAUGAUAUCAAUCGGGGGUUGGAAUGAGGGGUCAGACAAGUACUCGCAAAUGGCCAGUAGUCCGGACUCACGGAAAAAGUUUGUUAACUCAGUCGUUAAGUUUAUACAAACUUAUAAAUUUGAUGGACUCGAUGUGGACUGGGAGUACCCGGGCUUUAAAGCUGUUGGUGAGGCCGACCGCGUACCCGGUAAUCCGAAAGAUAAGGAAAACUAUAUAUCGCUGUUACGUGAGCUCCGGAAUGCCCUCAAACCACACAACUAUUUACUGUCAGCGGCUGUAAGUGCGGGCAAAAAGACUAUUGACGUCUCGUAUGACGUGAAACAGUUGAAUGAGUUGUUGGACUUCAUUAACGUUAUGGCCUAUGAUUUUCAUGGCGGCGCCUGGGAGAAUAAGACAGGACAUAACGCUCCCCUAUAUCCCGACCCUAAAGCCUCGGAGGAGGACAAGGAGUUGACGGUGUCGUAUGGCAUGGAGUAUUGGAUUAAACAAGGGGCUAACCCUAAGAAAUUGAUGAUGGGAAUGGGUACAUAUGGCCGAUCAUUUACCCUGGCCAAUGCUGCCCAACAUGGUAUUGGUGCUGCAUGUGCCAGUGGCAGCAAAGGUGGUAAUGCCGGCCCCUAUACCAACGAAGUCGGUAUAUUAGGAUACAAUGAGGUAUACCCGCAGUGUUUGUAUAACUGUUUAAUGAAUUAUAAAUAA